AUGUCAAAAUACCGUAGGCCGCAUUUUGACAACCACGACGCGUCCGAAAAGGAAGGGAAAGCAUCUGUUGUGUACAAACAAACAGUUUUUCUGUGCGAAAUGGCGAGCUUUUCACGCGAAAUUAAUAGUUUUUGCAGACUUUGUUUAUCGGGCAAUGAUGCCAAUCUAUUGCCUACAUCGAAAAUAAUCGAUGCCACGCUGACCAUUGACGAUAUUGAGCGAUUCACGGGAAUUCGUAUUGAAGACGAAAACAUGUCGUGCGUUAUUUGCGAAGAUUGUCAUAACAAGUUGCUAAAGUUUACGGCGUUCCGCGCCUGCUGUAUGACCAAUGAUGUACGAUUUAGGAAAAUGGUUCGAACGAUUAGAGAACACGGUUGCGAAGCUGUAAUAAGGAUUAAGGAGAAAAUGGUACAUUCCACAAUAGUUCGUACGGAAGCAAAUAACGAACAGUACAAAAAUGUCGUUGAUGAUAACUUUACAAUUACAUACGUGGAGUCAACGUUCGACGAUCAUGCAGAGGAAGUUGUUGGUGAAAAGAGCGUUGAAAAUUCGGAUAUUGAUGAGGAAGUGGUUGAAAUCAUCGUACAAACGGAUUUGCAAUCCAAUCGCACCGAGUUGGACAUUUCGGUAUCGCCCGCAUCUGUAGCAGAUCAACAACACGACGAACCGACAGUAAUUGAUUCUUUUACAAAUGAUAAGCGAAGAAAGAUAGCUGAGCGAAGUGUACCAAAUACCACAUCUCGUAUAACCGGGAAAAGUAGAGAGGCUAAAUUGAAUAAGAAAUACCCUAGAAAGCAACAAUUAUCCAGACCAACAAUACAAAAGCAGUUGUGUCCAGUGUGUGGGAAGCUAGUGCAAUAUCUUCCGGAUCAUAUUGUGUCGCACACGAAAGAGCAAAAGUACGCCUGUGAUCAUUGUUCAAUGACUUGUAGUCGCAAAUCUUAUUUAAAAUUGCACGUGGAGGCUGUUCAUCUGAAGAAAGUGGUGAAAUCUUGUGAAUUAUGCAGUCGAGACUUUACACACAUAUCGGGCUACGCAGCGCACAUGCGCGCGCAACAUAAUGUAGGAGAAUGGUACGUAUGUAAAAUAUGUAACCUGAAGUUUCGUCAUCCGGGUGGCUUGAGAGGCCAUAACAAUCGUAAGCAUAAUGCUGAAAGCAACUGCGAGUGUCCAAUUUGUGGAAUGAAGUUUGAAGACAAGAAGGGUCUAAAGGAUCACAGCAGAGUUCAUUCGAACGAGAAGCCGUUCGCUUGCACCUUUUGUCCAAAACGUUUUAAGAGCCCUAACGCUCACAGAACUCACAUGCUGGUACACAAAGGUGUAGUUUUCGCGUGCACCUUGUGUCAUAAGAGCUAUCGCUACAAAUCCUUACUAAAUGCGCACAUGAAGAAGGUUCAUACGAAGGAGAAUUUACGAAACGACCAAUACUUGGAACGGAAAUGUACGAACAUGAUCAAAGAAGCAACACCAAAUGCUGUUGGUAAACAAAUUCUUAUCCUGCGUGCGAUGACGAACAAUAUCUGUGAAAUUAAUACCAUUUGUCGGCUCUGUUUGUGCGACGACAAUGAGGUUUUAUUUCCGAUGUCCUGCUUAUCCGAUUCUUCAAUAACUGAGGAAGAUAUAGAACGAUUUACCGGCCUUGAGUUAUUCCGAGAAGAAAAUGUAUGCUACACGAUUUGUAUCGACUGCGCUAACAAGCUGAAAAAGUGCGUCUUGUUUCGCUCAGUGUGCUUGAGCAAUGAUGCUCAAUUUAAGCUGAUGUUUGCGGUGUGCAUUGGGAGCAAUGGAAAGGAAUGUUUCAGCACAGAAAACGAUAGUGUAACCGUGGAAUCAGCGGUAGAACAUAAUGAAUCCUCAGUAGAAUUCGAGAUAGUGGAUAUUAAAAACGUUCAUAAAAUAGAACAAUUGUCGAUCGUCGAAAAUGGCAAGGAAUCCAAGGUGAAAUUAACAUCAGAAGAUCCACCGGUUGGUGAGCGUAACGCUAGCGGUGACGAUGGAUUCGAGGUCAAAAGUGAACAGCAUAGCUAUAUACUAACGAAUAGUGCGGUCAUAAAUACCGUUGAAGACGACGAUGACGAUACCAAAGGCAUCAGCCAAAUAACCGAGGAGGAAGCAGAUGAUGUAGAAGUGAAGGAUUCUUCGCACAAACGGCUAAAAAGCACAACUCCGUCAAUCUCUAACAUCACAAAAUCAAAGACAGGUCGUGCAUAUACCCGUUGUGAUAUCUGUGGGAAGACAGUAUUGUAUAUAAAAACCCAUUUGCGAUCUCAUGCAAAUGAUGAGAAAUUCGCUUGCCCAUACUGUCCACACAAAACACGUUACCAAAAACAUUUAAAUACACACAUCAAGACGGAUCAUCGGAAGGAAGUGAGCAAAAGCUGUGAAAUAUGUGGAAUAGAUUUUUUUAGUCAGAUAACCUAUACCAAGCAUAUGACAUCCAAGCACGGAGCGGGUGAAUAUGAAUGUGAAACAUGUUCAAAGAAGUUCUCACAGAGAAAACUUUUCAAUAUUCAUUUACGGCGUGCCCAUAGGAAGGAUCGACCGAAGAGACCGAAGAAACUUUGUGUCAUUUGUGGCGCUCGGGUGACAUAUAUUUCUAGGCACAUACAAAGUCAUACGCAAGAAAAAAAGUAUCCCUGUCCCCACUGCUCGAUCGAAAUGGUAGAUUCUGGAAAUUUGGCUCGUCACGUACAAUCGGUGCAUUUGAAGAAGUCCGUGAAAUCGUGCGAAAUAUGCAACAUAGGAUUCAAGUAUGAUGUCUCUUACAAAUCUCACAUGCUCAGAGAACAUGGUAUCGGUAACACGUUCGAUUGUAAACAGUGUCCAAGAAAGUUCAACCAUCGAAGCGGAUUGGAAAGCCACGUAGCACGUGCGCACAGUAAUCUGCGAAAAUUUGCAUGCAAAAUAUGUGGUAUGGAGUUUAAGAUUGGGAGCCACCUACAACGGCAUCAGAUGGUCCACUCAACAGAACAACCUUAUGCGUGCAGCCAGUGUCCUAAACGAUUUAAAAGCAAAAAUUCUCGAAGGACGCAUCAACUGACCCACACUGGUAUUGUUUUUUCAUGUAAACACUGUGAUAAGUCCUAUCGGUACAAAAGUGUGCUUGAUACGCACAUCCGCCAGAAACAUCCGGAAACAAUGACUGUCGAUACGUAACAGUACGCAGAAUUAUCCUUUUGAGGUUACGGUGCGUUGAUAUUUAGAGAAAUCGCUCUUGAAAAUUAUAUAACUAACGUCUAUGUUUAAAACAUUUAAAUAGUCCUCACGCUCCGAGGAUUCAUCUACUGAUACUUUCACUACUUAUUACUUCAAAUGCAUACACAUUACCAGA